CGAUCCGGUUCGCCGGCGUUACAGUUCGGUUUCAUCUCUCGGCGCGCGAACGUUGCAUCCGCACCCCGGUGCCGGCUUUGUUUGUUAGACAACAUCAUACACCCCGACGAACGUUGGUCUGCUGGGUUUGCGCCCACUUUGCGCCCGCCGUUUUGGGUACCGGAUUUGGGUACAACCCCGGUGUAGGCGACCUGUGUGCUUGACCCGUGAAAGGGCAGUGUGUGUGAGUGUUUUGCACCGGUGGUACAACUGCUGUGUUAUCACCGCGUGAUACGAGGCAACAGAACGUGCUUUAGGUGUGUAGAAGACCGUGUGCUGCAACCGUCCGCUGUAUACUACCGAUCGUCUACCGAUCACUCACCGGCCGAGUUGAUCGCGCUUGAGUGUUCGCAGGCAAGAGAUUUCCCUCAAACACCAAACUCUCCAGAGGGGUGCGUUUUAGCCAGAAACCGUAACUUGGAUUUUACGCAUUGAGCUAAAAACAUGUCGAACUCAUACGCGACUGCCGGCGCACGGCCAACGUCACGAUGGAAGCAGUUCAUAAAGUCGAACCUGCUCACCUUUCUGACCGUGCUGGGCGUGUUUGGUGGCACUGCGCUCGGUCUGACGCUCAAGAACUCGGCCGAACCGUGGACGCAGCGUGAGGUGAUGUACAUCCAGUAUCCGGGCGAUCUGUUCCUACGGAUGCUCAAGUGUCUGAUCGUGCCGCUGCUCGUCUCGUCGAUCACCAGUGCGAUCGGUUCGCUGGAUUUGAGCAUGUCAAAGAAGAUCGCCUUCCGGGCGAUCAUCUACUACUUCACCACCACGGUCUGUGCCGUCAUCUUGGGCAUCAUACUGGUCAGCACGAUCCGGCCGGGUGCGGGCCGCGAGGUGAGCAACCUCGGUGGCAAGGCAACGACGCGGCAGGUCCUGACCGCCGACACGCUGCUCGAUCUCGUCAGAAAUCUAUUCCCACCGAACAUCAUCCAGGCUACAAUGUUCCAGUUCCGAACCAUUCUUGUCCCUCCAGCCAAUGCCACCGGUGUUCCAUUGACCCAGUACAAGAUCACGUCCGAGUUUACCGAGGGCACGAAUGUGCUCGGUCUCGUCAUGUUUAGCGUGGUGCUCGGCACCUGCAUAGGCAAGAUGCGCGAGAAGGGCAAGCCGCUGCUCGGGCUCUUUGAAACGCUCAGCGAAGCGAUGAUGAUCAUCACCUCGUGGGUGAUCUGGAUCUCGCCGAUCGGUGUGCUGUUUCUGGUCGCGGCCAAGCUGCUGGAGAUGGCGUCCUUCGUCGAGGUGCUGGGACAGCUGGGCUGGUACUUUAUGACUGUGAUGCUGGGGCUGAUGCUGCACGGUUUCGGUACGAUUUCGGUCAUCUUCUUCCUUACCACGCGCAAGAUCGCAUUCCCGUACAUUGCCAAGAUGAGCCAGGUGCUGGCCACUGCCUUCGGUACCGGUUCGAGUUCGGCCACGAUGCCCAUCACGAUCCGCUGCCUGGACAAUAUGGGCAUUGAUCCGCGCGUGACGCGGUUCGUCAUUCCUGUCGGUGCCACGAUCAACAUGGACGGAACGGCACUGUACGAAGCCGUCGCCGCCCUGUUCAUUGCUCAACUACGUAACAUUCAUCUGACUUUUGGUCAUAUCGUUGCUGUAAGUGUGACUGCUACGGCAGCCUCCAUCGGUGCGGCUGGUAUUCCGCAAGCUGGGCUUAUCACGAUGGUUAUGGUGCUGGACACUGUAGGUUUGCCGGCCGAGGAUGUUACCAUCAUUAUUGCCGUCGAUUGGCUGCUCGAUCGAUUCCGCACGACUAUUAACGUUAUGUGUGACGCCCUGGGAACGAUUCUGGUCAACUCGCUUUCCAAAAAGGAUCUAUCCGGUGAUGCCAACGGCCAUCUGGAACUGGCUGAACCACACGAACUGGUAGAACUCCGACCCGACCAGAAGGAAUAAGCGUGUCCACCAUCCCGUUUCAUCGCGGGUCCCUCACCCUUAUCCCCGGAGCAUAUGGAACAAUAGAGUUAACUUCAUCGCCACAUUAGAACGUGCACUUUCUUUUUGCGCCAUUCGGCGCACGUGCCACACGAGUCGAUACGUAAAACUUGUACGUAGUAAUUGCACACAGUUUGGACAUGUUCUCAAUGCAGAAAAUACACACGAACACACACACACACGAUGGUGUAGAAGUCUCUUUGCUGCUACUAGGCGUACGAUUGCGCCACGAAGCACGUGUUUCGAAAAAGCGCGUAGCGAAUGGAGCGAAAACGUUGGCGCAUGCGAUGGCAACUAGAUUGAUGCAAUGAAAUUUUAAUGUUACAUUCUCGCCAUUAGAGAUAUUAACAGUAGCGGAUAGAAAACGUCGCCUUGUUUCUCUCUCUCUCUCUUUCUCGUUGGGCAUUUAAUAGUGGAAAGACGUUUUCCACCUAAUGGCACAUCGAAUGGGGUUCAAACUGUGUACCACACAUUGCCCUUCAAUUUUUGCUUUCCAUCACUUUCUUACCAUUAACAAAGCCAAAAAGCUCCCUCAAAGUCAGGCGGAAGUGUGUUGGAGGUACGUGUGAGAGAGGAGUGUGUACACCGUGUGCCAUGGCAACAAUAUGACGCGACAAUAGCAAACGUAGGCGGAACAAAAACCAAACCCAUCUUUGACCGGUUCGGUUAGGGGCAAAGCAUCACUUCAUCUGAUCCGAUUGUGUUUACCGUGUUUAUUAAAUUAUUAGUGUAAGUCACGCGCAAGUAACAAAACAAACACACAUAACAGUAUAUCUAUGUAAGAGCAAACCGUGCGGUGCGGUGUGUGUGCAAAGCACGAUCACUUUGCAGCAAGGCGCGCGCGGCAUCAUUUAGGGGAGAGAACCGCGCACUGUAAAAGCGCAGGACAACUCACCCGCUCAACUGACCAGGAUACCGAUAUACGUGGUACGUGAGGCAAUGUAGCUUGUGGCUCCAUCCCAUGCCCCCCCCCCCCCAUCACUCUCAUCACAUCAGCGCAUCAGCGGGGAAUAUCGAUGUUUGUAUGUAAACAUAUCAAAAUAUCGAUGUUUAAUCACCAAACACUAAUAGUACCGAUGGCUCUCGGUCGGUCGAAUGUUCCCCACCAACCAUUACACACAUAUGAACUACCGCGAAACGCGAUCAACAUUCGACAGUACUCGAUAGAGAAAAAAAGAAGAAGAAAAAACAGAACAAUGACGAUUGUGUGUGUAUGUGCCAAAAACAAAAAGAAACGGACGUCCUCCUCACAAUCUGCUUCCGGUUUAACUCAGCAUUGCAUUUUUCACGCGCACAUACAACACGUGCGCAACACAUUUCCUUUUCAUGCGCUUUCUUUACACGCCCCCCAAACCCGUAAACGCACACAUACGUGCCCGCGCUUGGUUGCAGUUAUCGAAAUGUGUGUGUGUGCGCGCGCCCGCGCGCUCAGAUGUAGAUUUUAGUUACGUUCGUUUUCCUUCUGUUUUUUCUGUUUUUUUUUUGUUCCCUUCGGAGUCGAAAGCGAAAGAAGAGUGUUUGUAUAUUUCAAAAUACUUACAAAUAUAUUUUAAUGAUUCACCUUU